CCUGCGAGCGAGCAGGUUGUUGUUUUUAUGAGAGGCGUCACUGGCACCUGGAGCCGUGACCGCCGGCGUCGUGACUGCCGGCUCCUUCUGCUGGAGGUGGCGCUGCUCGGGCCAGACCUAAAAAAUGUCUGAAAAUUCCAGUGACAGUGAUUCAUCUUGUGGCUGGACGGUCAUCAAUCAUGAGGGGUCUGAUGUAGAGAUGAUGAAUUCUGUCUCUGGCAGUGACAGCUGUGAGCUUAUCCCAGAAUGUUCAUCUCUAGAGCAAGAGGAAGUACAAUUACUGCAGAUAGAGCAGGGAGGAAGCAGCCAAAGCCAAAAUGAGACACUGUUACUGGGAGAAACUGCUUUUCCUGCUUUGGAACAAAUUAUAUCAGCAAUUGAGGUAGAAGAAACGAAGUCACCUGAACACAAUGUCUAUUUUGGAACUGCCAGUGAUGACUCUGAUAUUGUUACCCUUGAGCCACCUAAGUUAGAAGAAACUGAAAGUCAAGAGGUUCUGGUUGCUGAGGAGGCACACAAUUCUGAUGACUUUCACAUGGGCUCCUCCUUGAGCAGCCAGUAUGCAUUCUGCCAGCCAGAAACUGUAUUUUCAUCUCAGCCUAAUGAUGAUGAAUCAAGUAGUGAUGAAACAAGUCAUCAACCCUGUCCUGCCUAUCGACGCCGCCGUGGGAGGAAGAAGACAGUUUCUACUUCAGAGUCUGAGGAACGGCUACUUGCCGAGCAAGAACAUGAACCUUCUAAGGAGUUGAGUAAACGCCAGUUCAGUAGUGGUCUCAAUAAGUGUGUUAUUCUUGCUUUGGUCAUUGCUAUCAGCAUGGGAUUUGGACAUUUCUAUGGUAAAUUCAAAUCAUUGAAAGAAAAUCUUGCCAGUUGUUGGACCAUUACUCAAGCCGGAAAGAUUUCCUUUGAAACUCAGAAAAAUAACCUUGCUACAGAAAAUCAGUAUCUAAGAUUAACUCUGGAGAAGGACGAAAAAGCCAUAUCUCUAUUACAGGAAGAGUUAAGGAAUCUAAGGGAACAGAUAAGAAUAUUGGAAGAUAAAGGGACCAAUCUUGAAUUACAUUCAGAAAAUCAGAAACUUAAGCAGUAUUUGGAACAGGAAAAACAGAAAACACACACCUUCCUUAGUCAGAGGGACACUCUGUCAGCAGAAGCAAGGAUGCUAAGGACCGAGCUGGAGAGAGAACGGCUGGCAGCAUUGGCUUUGAGGCUGGAACUCCAGCAGUUAAACACGCAGCCCCAGGACAACUCCGAAUCUGCCAGUGCACUGGAUGAAAAAAAGGAAAUUGUGCUUUUACAGCAGAGGCUCACUGAGAUGGAGCAGAAGUUAAUCUUUGAGCAGCAACGCUCUGAUCUGUGGGAACGACUGUAUGUGGAGGCAAAAGAUCAAAAUGGGAAAGAAGAAACAGAUGUUAAAAAGAAAGGGAGCAGAGGAAGCCACAGGGCUAAGAGCAAAUCAAAGGAAACACUCCUAGGAACAGUUAAGGAGACAUUUGAUGCCAUGAAAAAUUCUACCAAGGAGUUUGUAAGGCAUCAUAAAGAAAAAAUUAAGCAGGCUAAGGAAGCUGUAAAGGAAAAUCUGAAAAAGUUCUCAGAUUCAGUUAAAUCAACUUUCCGACAUUUUAAAGAUACUACGAAGAAUAUCUUUGAUGAAAAGGGCAAUAAAAGAUUCGGCACGCCAAAGGAAACAGCAGCUGAGAAACCAAGAACAAUUUUUAGUGACUAUUUGUACCCACCAUUUAGGUCAUCUAGACCAAACCAGGACUGCAGAGGGCCCACUGUGCAACAGGACAGAAGGAAAGAGAAGAAGCCAGUACACUUUGAAGAAUACGGAAGAAAUGCAGAUCCACCGAAGGACAGUUCUGAGCACAACUGUAGGGAAAAGCAUCCCUCUUUCAGAAAAACGUGUUCUAAUAUAUUUGAAUGCGCUCGACUGGAAUCCAAGAUAAGUCCCUUUAAUAUAGUGAAUCCUGUAAGGAUAGAAGAAUUUAGACAAAUAAUGGAAAGGUACUUGUUAAAAGAACUGAGAGCUUUUCAUCACUGGAAAGAACUUGAUCAGUUCAUCAGUAAGUUUUUCCUCAAUGGUCUGUUUCGACAUGAUCAGAAGCUCUUCCUGGACUUUGUUAAUGAUGUUAAAGAUUAUCUUAGCAACAUGAAGGAGUAUCAAGUAGAUAAUGAUGACGUGUUUAAGAAGUUGGAUGAACACAUACACAGAUACUUUGCUCACCCUUUACCCCCUCCACAUGGACCCAGUCGACCUGAUAAAAAGCAACGUAUGGUAAAUAUUGAAAACUCCAGGCAUCGAAAACAGGAGCAGAAGCACCUGCAGCCACAGCCUUAUAAAAGGGAAGGUAAAUGGCAUAAGUAUGGGCGCACUCACGGAAGACACAUGGCAAACCUUGAAAUAGAAUUGGGGCACUUACCUUUUGACCCUAAAUACUGAUUCCCUGGUUAAUAUUACAUUAGGAAACUUAAGAGACAUACGGAUGCUUUCUACAGUUGUUUGGUGUUGAAACUUAACAUGAAAUUAUCAACGUGUUUUUUCCUUCCAUUUUCAAAAGAUCAGUUUGAUGGCUUCAUAUUAUUACUCAGAAGCAUCAGGCAAAAGCUUACUAACCUGCAUUUUCCUGUAAUUUAGCUUUGUUGAAAUUUGGGGGGAGGGUACUG